GCACUCCCCGAGCCUAUUCGCAGAGCUUCUGUGAAUAAGAAAUUCGCCGUUGAUGUCAAAAAAGAGUUACUGUGACAUGUAUGUUUACAAAUGCAUAUUGAAGUUAUAAAAAUACGUAUUUGCAAUAUUUCUAUUUUUAUUUGAGCUUUGAAGCUCAACGGACUGACUUUGUCAUUCUCACAGUUGUUGUUCUAGACCAAAAUGCUGCAACCUGACUUGAGCUCGCCAGAACAUGAACCCUGUGUCAGUGAGGUGAGCUCCACCAUAUCUAGACUUCGGCUGCACAGUUCUCAAAACUCUAAAGAGCAAAAUGAUGACAAAGAAUCUUGCUGUAGUACCCUCGUCUCAGAAGCUGCAAGUGAGAGAAAUUUAGAGUGCGAGUUGAGACCUUUCACUAUACAGAGAUCAGGCAUUGACAAUGCUUGUUUCCAAAUACCUAUUAUAGGGUAUGAAGUAAUGGAAGAGAGAGCUCGAUUUACAGUAUACAAGUUGCGGAUUGACAAUAAGAAUUAUGGUGACUGCUGGUUUGUAUUCCGUAGAUACACUGACUUUGUACGUCUUCAUUCCAAGUUGAAACGGGACUUUCCUUCAACUGUUUUGACCCUUCCAAGAAAGCGCUGGUUCGGAGAUAACUUCAACUCUUCUUUCCUUGAGGAACGUAUUCAAGGACUCCAAUCUCUAAUCAAUUCUAUACUGGAUAACCCUCACAUGAGGGCAUCUCAAAGUGUGCGAGAAUUCUUUUGCCUUGAUGAGCCACCAUCAUACGCUGAUACGGUGGAAGAAUCCAGACCAAUUUUUGACGCAUUAGAAGAGACAAUCUAUCAUCUGCGAUGCCAGCUACGAGAUAAAGAAUGGGAGCUUAGACAGAUGCAAAAGAAGAUGGAUUCAUUCUCUCAGCUUAAGAAUUCUUCAAAACUUUGUGCACAGUGUAAACCAGAAGUUCAGAAGUGUCUGUUUAUUAGUGAACAGGAUCUGACAGCAUCUGUGAAAUCAUCAGGGCCAUUAGUCUGAAGUGUCUUUCGCCAGAUAAGAAUUAAUUGGGUUCACUAUCCGUCAACAUAUUGAUCAUGACGGUCUCUGAACUAGAUGUGAUAUGAAAGAGUGUUCUAUUGAUAAAAUGUUUUGUUUCAUCAAAAUUUAAUGAUAUUAUUCUUCAAGCAUACUUUUUAGUUUGCAUACCAAUGUCUACUUUCUAGUUUGUUUAGUUUUUGGAGCUGUUUUGUGUGCCUAUUAUCUCGGUGCUGAAAAUCUCAUGGCCUGAGCAGGUUCUUUUUUUCUUGUCUACCUUUCCUCUCUAUGAAUUUUCCUUGUAUGGGAAGCAACCCUCAUUUUGUGAUCCUUAUUCCUUCCAUUGUCUUGAGUAAUGAAAAUAAUGUUUGAGACAAUAAUUUUAAUGUGACUUUUCACAUACAGGGUACAAAACAAGCAUUUCUGGGAAUUUUGAAGUUUUGUCUGAAAUUUUUGUUUGAAAUUUAAAGUGUUUAUACUGUACUUUGAUUUUGACUGAGGUAAAGAUGUUAGUUUAUGAGUGUUAGUUUUAUACAUUUUUAUUGAUGUUAUUUAGUUAUACAUAUUGCAACUCCUGUAUAUCAAAUGUAUCUGCAUUAUCACUCUUGGUGCCUUAUCCUAAUGUUCUGUUUUCCUUAUUCCAAUUUACUUCCCAAGAGGAAGUUCAUGUGAUCUAACUGAGUGAUGACAUGUAGGUAUUUUAUAGAAUUGUUUACUGAAUUAAGCCAAACCAAUGGGUCAGAUUCUUUCAGGUCUUUCAGACCUAAUAAAGUCAUGUGAGUUUAAA